AUGGUUGCGGAGUUGAUCAGCGGGUUAGAAUAUUCGAAGAAGGUUUUGACUGAUGUUGGUAUUCAUAUUGCAGAGACCAGAAAAUCGCAUCCGAAUUUUAAUUCGGUUCUUGCCAUUGUUCAGGUAAGCUAAGAAAUAUGAAGAAACUGGGAAUAGGGUUUUGAAAAAGCAAAUUUUAUACAUUUUUGAAUAAUCCUAGAAAAUUGAUUUUUUUUCUGGUAUUUUAUGAAAUAAUUUUAUGAUCUUCAAAAUGUAUUUUUGAAAUAUUUUUUUCAUUUGAAAAUCUAGUUCAGGGUCGUCUUUAAAAGUUCUGGAAGGGCCCCCAGACAUUCUGAAGGUCAGGAUUAUAAUUGAGCCUAACCUUACCCAGAACUAGGGCCCUAAAGAAUAGUUUUCUUCAAAAUUCUGGUUAUCAGGAACACUUUCACUUUUGAAAUUGAUAUUUGUCUAUUAUUAGAAGUUAUGACAGAUUCUGAUUCUAUUUUUUUCAGAUUUGAAAAAAUUCCCGCAAUUUUCCAGGUUGGUAACAGAUCCGAUUCAAAUGUCUACGUCGGCGCAAAAAUCAAAAAAGCAAAAGAAAUCGGAGCUGAAGGUAGAUUGAUCAAAUUGCCAAGUUCAAUAACUCAAGGAGAUUUGGAAAGAGAAAUCAAAGCGCUGAAUUUGGAUAAUGAGAUUGAUGGAAUUAUUAUUCAACUUCCAUUAGAUUGUAACAAUAACAUUGAUGCUGAUCAUGUUAUUGAUAUGAUUGAUCCAUUGAAAGUGAGUUCCAGCUUCGCAAAAUCCAAGAUUUUCUCUUUCUUUCAGGACGUUGAUGGUUUGACUCGUAUGAAUGCUGGUAGAUUGAUGAGAGGUGAACUUCAACGCACUAUUUUCCCAUGCACACCUUUUGGAUGUCUCUAUUUGGUUCAACAAGCCACAGGUAUUUCCGAAGAAAAACUUAUGUUAGCUCAUCAUAAAAAUUUCUUCGCAGGUGACAAAAACUACGUUGCUGGUAAAGAAGUUGUUGUUUUGGGAAGAUCGAAAAUUGUCGGUGCUCCAGCUGCUCAACUUUUCCUUUGGCAUCAUGCGACUGUCACAAUCUGUCAUUCGAAGACUAAAAAUAUCAAGGAGAAAUGCUUGCAAGCUGAUAUUUUGAUUGUUGCCAUUGGAAAGAAGCAUUUUGUUAAAGGUGGGAGCAUUUUUGGAACUAGGGAUUGGCUGGAGAAAAUUUUAUUCGAAAUAAAUUCGAUAUUCAGAAAAAAAAAGUUGAAAAUUACCUUUUCAAAAUCGUAGAUUUUUAUGAUAUCUGAUCUCAAUUGGACUAUCUGAAAUCAUGUUUUUCAAGUUUCAGACCUCAGCUCAGGUUUCAAUAAAAAUUUCCCUCACAAAAUCAGAGCUCCGAUUCAGAAAACCUGAAAAAGGCUUCCAGAAUUUUUCCAUAACUUCAGAGAAAGAUCUUCUUCAAUCAAUAACUCUCUAAUAUUUUUCCAGGAGACUGGAUCAAACCUGGCGCAGUUGUAAUUGAUUGCGGAAUCAACGUCGAUGAGCCAACGGAAGAAGGAAAGAAAAGCAAAUUACACGGAGACGUUGACUUCGAAGCAGCCAAAGAAGUCGCCGGCUUCAUCACUCCAGUUCCAGGAGGUGUUGGUCCAAUGACAGUUGCAAUGUUGAUUCGAAACACUUUUGAACAAGCAAAACGCAGACGUCUUCAUCAUGAGGUAAUUGUUUUAAUUCGAUCAAAAUAAUUUUGAAAAACGAGAAAGAGAUAAAAUCGACCCUGGUUGAUUUUUUGACGAUUUGUUCUUUAACGAAACAACAAUUUUCGUUGAUUUUAUCAAUUAAAACGAUUAGAGAGAAGAUAGAGAAAAGACAACGUGACUGUUCAAAUGAGGUAAAAGGUCGACUUGGUUUCUUGAUCAUCGUGAUCAUUAUGAACUUGGAAAAUCUUGAUGAAAUGUAUUCUAGACAGAUUUAUGCUUUAGAUGUUGUGAGCUUGAAACGAGAAAAAAAAGAUUUCUGAAAAAGUUGCAAAAAAAUCCGUAGAUUAUCGAAAGAAAAAUUUUUUUGAUUUGAAUUUGAAUGAAAAAAUUCUAAUUUUUGUGGCUUUCAGCGACAAUUAUUCAACAAAAACUAUAGUUCAGAAAUCAGUAAAUCAUUCUAAAAAUUCACAGAUUUCUUGUUUUCUUGAUCAGUUUGAUCACGAUGAACUUAAAAAUCAUGAUGAAAUAAAUUUUAAAAUGAUCUAUGCUUCAGAUUUUGUGAACUACAUUGAACUUUGAACAAAAAAGGAAUUUGAACUCGAACAAAAACUGAAAAUUCUCAUAUUUUCAGUACCAAUAUUUGUAUGGAUUUUUGAAGUCUUCAAAAAUAUAUUCACUUUUUUUGCUUAAAGUUCGUCAAAUUUUUCAAAUUCACAAGCUUUUUUUAUUCAUCAAAACAUCGUGAUAGUGAUUUGUGAAGCUUUUUUUUCCAGUUUGAUGAGUGA